AAAUUGCUUCUCUACUCUCCGAGCUAUUCAUCAGCGACUUCGAACGGGAACGAUCGCGGAUAUGGCGGCCAGCGGUGACGUUCCUCUAAAUAAUACCAUAUACAUCAACAAUCUCAACGAGAAAACCAAGCUUGAUGAGCUGAAGAAAUCGUUGCAAGCGGUUUUCUCGCAAUUUGGGAAAAUAUUGGAGAUACUAGCAUUCAAAACCCUAAAGCACAAAGGACAGGCUUGGGUUGUUUUUGAGGAAGUUUCGUCUGCCACCAGUGCUUUGAGACAAAUGCAGGGAUUCCCAUUCUACGACAAACCCAUGAGGAUACAGUAUGCAAAGACAAAAUCAGAUGUCAUAGCAAAAACAGAUGGCACUUUCGUCCCUCGGGAAAAAAGAAAGAGGCACGAGGAGAAAGGAAGGAAACGCAAAGGGCAACAUGAUGCAAAUCAAGCAUCAACUGGUGCAAAUGCUGCUUAUGCGGGUGCAUAUGGUGCUACCCCUCAGUUAUCACAAAUACCGUAUAUGGGUGGUGCUAAAUCCGCCAUACCAGAGGCCCCGGCUCCACCAAACAACAUCUUGUUCAUCCAAAAUCUUCCUCAUCAGACUUCAUCGAUGAUGCUUCAAAUGCUAUUUGGGCAGCACCAAGGGUUUAAAGAAGUAAGAAUGGUUGAAGCUAAACCAGGUAUUGCUUUUAUCGAGUAUGGUGACGAAAUGCAGGCAACUGUAGCGAUGCAUAGUCUCCAAGGGUUCAAGAUAAACCCCGAUAGCCCUAUGUUGAUUACGUAUGCCAAGAAAUAGAAUAGAUGAUGAGUACAUCUGGGAAUUUUUAGAUUCUUGAUUUGUUCUGCGAUAUCUUCUGUCGAUUUGUAUUGAAGUCGAGUCCAUAACUUGAAUCUGGACACGUGAACGACAUAAAUCCAGGACCAUGAUGCCGUUGUUGUUCACCCGGUUAAUCUGUAGGUUGCAUCUUUUC